CCUAUGCCCUAAGAAAGCAUCCCAUUUCUUUGCUUUGCUUCAACUAAAGUCUUGUUCAAAAUGAUUUCAAUUCAAUUUUCAAAAAAAAUUCUAAACCUAGUCAUCACAUCGGACGGUUCUGAUCCGCCAUCAAACCAUCAAAUGUCAUUUUAAGAAAAAACACUCCAACAGUUCAACCAUCCGAAAUUACCAUCCCGCCCCUCCUCUCUGUUUUUUUUUUCCUUUUAUUUUUUUUCCUUAUACAAUCAGUAUUAAACCAACAGCCCAAAGCCGUUCAGGAGACAGCUCUCUCGCUUCAUCUUUUUCCUCCUCUUUUCGAAUCGCUGGUUUUCAAGAUGAGAAUCAAUCAACAAGAUGGUGUUUCCCAAGUUGAUGAACCUAGCACUAGUGUGCAUGAUAACACUACUUUGGACCAAGGUGAUGCGACAGUAAAUGGUAUUCUUUCUGAUUCAAAUGCCAUUUAUGAGAGCAACGAAGCCACCAAAAUGCCAGAUGUUGCCAAGGAGACUCUUAAUAUCCCUUGCAUUUAUAGACAAGACGUUGUUAGGAGCAACGAAGUUGGCAUGAUAGGAAUUGUGUCUGAAGUUGCUGGUGACUCGGAUUCGGAUAGCAGCAUUACUGAUGAUGAAGAAGAAGAAGAUGAUGACAACGAUGAAGAUGAAACUGGUGGAAAUGAAGAAGGUGACAACCAUGGCAAUACCAAUGCGAGUAGUGAUGGGAAUAGAAGUGGUGGUAACUAUAAGAGCAGUCCUCUCCCAGAUGAUCAGGUUCGAGUACUUUGGAUGGAUGACUCUGAGACAACCGAAAAUCUUAAUGAUGUGACUGUAAUUGAUAGGGGAUUCAUGCAUGGGGAUUAUGUUGCUUCUGCUUCAGACCCUACUGGACAAGUAGGUGUUGUGGUGGAUGUCAAUAUCUCCAUUGAUUUGUUACCCAUUGAUGGAACUAUUAUAGAACAAGUCUCAUCCAGAGACCUGAAACGUGUAAGGGAUUUUGCUGUGGGUGAUUAUGUAGUUCUUGGGCCCUGGCUGGGUAGAAUUGAUGAUGUGUUGGAUAAUGUGACUGUGUCAUUUGAUGAUGGUUCCGUGUGUAAAGUUAUGAAGGCUGACCCACUGCGUCUUAAACCAGUUACAAAGAAUAUUCUUGAAGAUGGACAUUUUCCAUACUACCCUGGUCAGCGGGUAAGAGCACGUUCUUCAUCAGUUUUCAAGAAUUCUAGGUGGCUAUCUGGAUUGUGGAAAGCUAACCGGUUGGAAGGUACCGUUACUAAAGUUACAGUUGGGUCAGUGUUUAUAUAUUGGAUAGCAUCUGCUGGCUAUGGGCCUGAUUCUUCUACCACCCCAGCUGAAGAGCAGAAUCCAAAGAAUUUAAAACUGCUGUCUUGUUUUGCACAUGCAAAUUGGCAAGUGGGUGACUGGUGUCUUCUUCCAUCAUUAGCACUAUCAUCCUCCAUCACCCAGGACAAGGGCCAAUCUGAAUUAGAACCUCAUGAUUCUGUCCAAGGAGAAUUAGAUUCUAGUAAAUCAAGAAGCAGGUGUGAUCAGGAAGAGGUCUUGCUAGAGGAAGCACAUGGUACUGGUGAAUCAAUGGAUCUUGAUGCAGUGUCUGCAGUGGAUGUAAAUAACAGAAAUAUUGAAGGCAACGCUUCAUCACAAUCUAGUCCUUGUAGUAGUUCAGUAUCCGUUUCAAAGGAACCUGUCCAUGAAACUUGGCUUCUUCAUCGAAAAAAGAUCCGUAAACUUGUUGUUAGGAGAGAUAAGAAGACUCGGAAAAAGGAGGACAAUUAUGAAAAAGCACUUUUGAUUGUGAAUACAAGGACUAGAGUUGAUGUUUCAUGGCAAGAUGGAACAACAGCACGUGGACUGCCAUCAACUACUUUGAUUCCAAUUGAUAGUCCUGGUGAUCAUGAAUUUGUUUCUGAACAGUAUGUGGUGGAGAAGGCCUCUGAUGAGAGUGAUGAUGCUUCUGAAGUUAGGCGUGUUGGUGUUGUGAAAAGUGUUAAUGCAAAGGAGCGAACAGCUUGUGUGAGGUGGUUAAAGCCAGUUGUCAGGGCCGAAGAUCCUCGAGAGUUUGAUAGGGAGGAAGUUGUAAGCGUCUAUGAGCUUGAGGGGCAUCUGGACUAUGAUUAUUGUUAUGGGGACGUAGUUGUUCGGUUGUCCCCAGUUUCUGUCUCUGCCCAUACGGGUACUGCUGUAGAGGAGGAACCAAAGCAGCAAAGUGGUUCAAAUGAGGUUAAACAAGAUCUGAACAAUAACUCUGGAUGUAAGAAAGUGGAGGAUGAAUCUGCAGAUGGAGCUUGUAUGGACUUCUCAGAUCUCUCUUGGGUUGGGAAUAUAACUGGUCUUAAAAAUGGCGAUAUUGAAGUUACAUGGGCUGAUGGGAUGGUUUCAACGGUCGGACCUCAAGCAGUUUAUGUUGUUGGUCGAGAUGAUGAUGAUGAGUCAAUUGCUGGUGGGAGUGAAGUUAGUGAUGAUGCUGCUAGUUGGGAAACUGUAAAUGAUGAUGAAAUGGAUGCCCUUGAGAAUGCUAAAGAGGAAAUUGGGCUGCCAAAUACUGCUGACACUGAUCCUGAGACUGAAGAGCACACAACUGUUGAAGAUAACAAUCCUGGGAGAAAUGGGGCAUUAUCUCUUCCAUUAGCUGCCCUGGGGUUUGUUACCAGACUGGCUACUGGCAUAUUCUCACGGGGAAGGAAACAUGUAGAACCACCUUCUUCGGAUUCUGAAGGUGAAAAUGAACUCCAAUCACAAGGAGCAAUUAAGCCUUCUCAGAUAAAGGUUUCGCAUGAUGAGACUAACUCUCCAAAUAAUGUCAUUGACAAUUUUGGUCUGCAAACUACUCAUGAAAAAGAAGAGGAGCAUGUUGGGGUUGAGGUUACUGAUUCUUUGGAUAUGGCUGAGGCCUUAGUGAAUCUAAGGGCCAACGACCCAGAUGCUCUAGCAUGCCAUGAGUAUGAAUCGUGCAGUUUCAAACGCUUUGAUAUUGCUAAAGAUCCUUUGGACCAUUAUUUUAUUGGUGCAAGUGGGCAGAAUAGCAAUGGGAGGAAGUGGCUCAAGAAGGUUCAGCAAGAUUGGAGCAUCCUUCAGAAUAACCUGCCUGAUGGGAUCUAUGUGCGAGUGUAUGAAGAUCGAAUGGAUCUCCUAAGGGCUGUGAUAGCCGGGGCAUAUGGAACUCCUUACCAAGAUGGUCUCUUCUUCUUUGAUUUUCACCUUCCACCAGAGUACCCUGAUGUUCCACCGUCAGCAUACUAUCAUUCUGGUGGGUGGCGGAUAAACCCAAAUCUGUACGAGGAAGGCAAGGUGUGUCUUAGCCUUUUAAACACCUGGACUGGCAGAGGAAAUGAAGUAUGGGAUCCAGUGUCCUCAAGCAUCCUUCAAGUCCUAGUUUCACUCCAGGGAUUGGUGCUAAACUCGAAGCCAUAUUUUAAUGAAGCCGGCUAUGACAAGCAAAUAGGGACUGCUGAAGGAGAGAAAAAUUCAUUGUCCUACAAUGAGAACACUUUCUUGCUAAAUUGCAAAACUAUGAUGUAUCUCAUGCGGAAACCCCCCAAGGUGGCCUUUCUUUCACGGUGCCUGAAGCAUAGAGGCUUUUUGGCAAAAAAAUAGCUGCUGCGUCAUUAUAGACCUCAACUGCCAAAACUAUGUUACCUAUAAAGUUGUACCUUGCCUUUGAGACUUUUAGCUAUCUAUUGUAUUGCUCAUAAUUAGGUCAAACAGUAUUGUUGCUAACAAACCCGCUCAGGUGGUUUUGGCAUGAAGUCGAGAAGCACUGAAUGAUUUCUAAAAAAAAUUCAGCCUCCUUUUAAAUUUUGAAGGACUAGGACUAACCUUACAUAAAAAUCUAAUAUACUACAUGGAUUUUCCAAAAUAUUACCUCCAGAUUCAGCCCAGGCACAAAAUGGCUGCUUUAUGCUCACCUUGUGCAUCACUUUUCUUGCCAGUAUGUAUUUGGCAAGCUGCCAUCUUGUUUUAUUAAACUGAAUGAGGGUACAUUGCCAAAUACAAAGGCUUUAUGUUCGAUUGUCUUGCCAAAUGCUUGGUUCUUUAGAUUUUCCCUUCGUCUUGUUUUCUUGUUCUUUAUGGGAUGUUGUGAUUGCAAACCAAGGUGACCAUUAGUUUUGAAAUAAUUUUGAUUUUUAUCUGUUGCUUAGAAAUUUUACAAAUUAUCAAAAUCUAAAAAUAGUUUUUCUGAGUUGUUAUUUCCAUAUGUUUCCUAAAAGUGGAUGUUGCUGCUUCUAUGACAUAAGACAAGUUUUUGAUCAACUCCUACCAUGACCAGGACUUCGAAGAGCUUGUCAAAGACCAUUUCAAGAGGCAGGGCUAUUACAUUCUCAAGGCCUGUGAUGCAUACAUGAAAGGCUACUUAAUUGGCUCUCUCUCAAAGGAUGCCUCUACAAGUGAUAGAAGCAAUACAAAUUCUACAUCGGUUGGUUUCAAAUUGAUGUUAACUAAGAUUGCACCGAGGCUCUUCUUGGCACUAAAUGAAGUUGGAGCUGAUUGUCAAGAAUUCAAGCAUCUGCAACAGUCAUAGCAGAGGUACAUCCCAACAUCUCCACCAGGGAAAGAGGUUACUUCAACAUUCUUUCAGGUUCCUCUAUAAUGUAAAGACUUAGAUGCUUUAGAAAUGUUUCAUCUUAUAUAACUUGGAAAAGUUCUGCCGUUUGAAAAGCUUAUCAACUUUGAGCAGCCUUUGCAUUUUCAAGAAAAACUGCAGGUGAAAAGUACAUCUGCUAAACUAGUUGUCUUGACACAUUUAGAGUUCUUAUGUUCUCUUUUUUCCUUCUGGGAUUGAGAAGGCAGUCGGGUUUUGAAUUGACUGUUCACUUUGAUCUUCCAUUCAAAAUUUGAUGAAUUGAUUCAUUAAUUGGAGAAAGAAUACUUACAAAUUCUUUCACAUUCACAUUGUAUUUUACUAUUUUCAUCAAACCUUAUUGUGAGAAAUAGCAUUCCUAAACAAUAUAUACUUUGAUUGAGAUGUC